AUGAGUAAACAAUUAAGACAAACAUUUGAUGAGAUGGAUUUGGAUAAAGAUGGUGUUUUAACUUUAGUUGAAUUUCUUCAAUCAGCACAAAAAUUUGGAGUAUCUUCUGAACAAAUUAAAACAAUUUUUGAAACCAUGGAUAUAGAGUCUUCUGGUGCAAUGGGAUUAUUUGAAAAAAUAGAUGAAGAUAACCAAUUACAAUUUAUCAGAGAUAAUAUUCAUAUAAUUAAUAAUUGGACUGGACUAAGAUGUAAAGAGAUAUUAAUGGAUAGUAAAUAUGAUUUAUGGGUAGAUAAUAAAGCAUACGUUUUAGCACAUUAUAUUUAUCAACAAAAAAAUAUUGUAUUUUUAUUAAUUUGUGAUAAAUAUUGUUUUGGAUUUUUUAAUUCACAAUGUUUACAGUCAUAUAAUUCAAAUCAUAUUCAAUACAUUCAAAAAGGAAAUGAAUUCUUUUCAUUUGUAAUUUAUAAAGAAAAUAUUUCUCCAAAAAUUUCAGAAGUACAAUUUGGAAAAACAGAAAUAAUUGGAAUUCCGUCUAAAGAAGACACAGAAAAAAUAUUUGAAAUAAAAGAUGGCAUGGUAUUAGACACUCAUUUUAUUGCUACGUUUACACAAGAAUUUCAUAAAAUUUAUGGACUAAAUAAUUUAGAAACGAAUAUUCCUUUACAAAUAAAACGAUUUAUUGUAUUAAAAUUUGAAUAA